UUCCCAGGAGCGCCCGCGCGCGGCAGGAAUGGAGGAGGAGGAGGUGGUUGCGCUGAUCGUCGGCGCCGGCCCGGCGGGGCUGGCCGCCGCGGCGUGCCUCGGCCGGCGCUCCGUCCCCUACCUCGUCGUCGAGCGCGAGGACUGCAGCGCGUCGCUGUGGCGGCGCCGCACGUACGACCGCCUCAAGCUCCACCUCGCCAAGGAGUUCUGCGCGCUGCCGCACGCGCCGUUCCCGGACGCCACCCCGACCUACGUGCCCAAGCGCGAGUUCGUCGCGUACCUCGACGCCUACGCCGAGCGCUUCGGCAUCCAGCCCAGGUACCGCACGUCGGUCGAGUCGGCGGCGUACGACGAGGGCGCCGGCCGGUGGGUCGUCGCCGCGCGCGACACGGCGGCCGGCACGGAGAUCCGGUACGCGGCGAGGUUCCUGGUCGUGGCCACCGGCGAGAACGGCGUGGGGAGCGUCCCGGAGAUCCCCGGGUUGGAGAGCUUCACCGGGGAGGCUGUCCACUCCUCGGCCUACAGGUCUGGACGAAGGUACGCUGGGCGGAGGGUGCUCGUGGUGGGCUGUGGCAACUCCGGGAUGGAGAUCGCCUAUGAUCUUGCAACCCAUGGCGCCGACACCUCCAUGGUUGUUCGAAGUCCGGUACACAUAAUGACGAAGGGAUUGAUCCGUUUAGGAAUGACAUUGGUUCAACAUGUACCCGUUACAAUAGUGGAUUGCCUUCUAGUGAACAUAGCCAAUUUCAUAUUUGGGGACCUAUCAAGGUAUGGCAUUGUGAGGCCUAAACCUGGCCCUCUCGCCCUCAAAUCUAAAACUGGUAGAUCAUCUGUAGUUGAUGUUGGGACAGCAGGAUUAAUCAAGAAGGGCAUUAUCAAGGUGUUUGGCGGGAUAACGAAGAUCAUUGGAAACAAAGUCGAAUUCGAAGAUGGUAAGGAGAGUUCAUUCGAUGCUAUCGUGUUUGCAACAGGAUACAAAACCACUGUGAAUUUGUGGCUCAAGGAUGACAAGUGCAUGCUGAACAAUGAUGGAUUACCUAAGAAAGAUUAUCCCAAUCAUUGGAAAGGUGAAAAUGGCCUAUAUUGCGCGGGUUUUGCGAGGAGAGGAUUGGCUGGUAUUUCUGUGGAUGCAAAGAGUAUCGCCAAUGACAUCACUGAAAUUUUUUUCUCUGGGUAAGUCAGCUUAAGAGUGCAUUUGGCACGGCUCCUCUACCUCCCGGCUCUGCUACGGUAGCAUCGGCUCGGUCCCAAAGAGCCUGUGAAGCUUAAAGAAACUGGUUUAUUUUUCCAGCUCCCAGUUCAUGCAUCAUGGGGGGGUCCACCUCCUGCAAAAGUGCCUUCCGGCUCGAUCGUACUGUACUGUUGUUUCCAGAUGAAACAAGAGUCAGACAUUAAUCCUAUAUGUGUUAGCCCUAUGCAGUAGUCUUGCAUGUACUAGUUCAGUAAUUUGCAUGUACGAGCUAGGCCUUGUUUGGAGCUGCUGCUUAUGGGGGCAGCUGAUUCAAGAAAGGCCAGC